AUGCGAGGACCAUCCAAAGACAGCUCCGAUAAUUCCGAUGUGGAACAGCCUUCUUCUCGGGCCGACCUGAUCUCGAUGCCUCUCUCGCCUUCAGCACUAACACCGCCCCCUUUGCCAGUCGAGACAGACUUGGAAAAGCAGAGCGUCAGGGGGGAAAUAGCCGGGUUUUCAAGCGAUGAUACCGAAGGACCCAAGAUGAAUGACGCCCAGCUAGAGAGGAGAGAGGAUGAGAUCGCAGGUCAGGGGCAGUCUGAUGGAGAGAAUGGAGGGGGGUUAUCCAAGGUCGUAAGUCGUGUCCUGAGCAAAGUGAGCACCAAGACCGGUGAUAUCGGACCUCCGCCAGACGGAGGGAUGAGAGCAUGGAUGGCGGUCGCCUCCGCCCACCUUGUCGUCAUGAAUACAUGGGGCAUCAUCAACUCCUUCGGCCUUUUCCAAACCUAUUACACUGCCCGUCUGCCCUCCCACACGCCCUCCGACAUCUCCUGGAUCGGCUCCCUCGACAUUUUUCUCCUCUUCUUCGUCGGCGCGUUGACCGGCCGUGCCACGGACGCAGGAUACUUUCGUCUUGUCUACUGUAUCGGCGUCGCGCUCCAGAUCGUGGGCAUCUUCACAGCCUCUGUGGCAAAGACCUACUGGCAGUUGUUGCUUGCACAAGGAGUGUGUGUUGGCUUGGGGAACGGCUUCCUGUUCUGUCCAUGUAUUUCGACUGUGUCGACAUAUUUUGCGAAGCGGCGGGGUUUGGCUAUCGCGAUGGUUGCCACGGGGAGUGCGACGGGUGGGUUGAUCUUCCCGGGAAUAGUGCGGGCUAUGGUGAAGGGGGAGGAUGGCGAAGGUUUUGUGCAGGCGGUUAGAGCGAUUGGGUAUGUCCAAAUUGCGACGUUUGUGGCGGCCGGGUUGGGGCUGAAGCAGAGGGUUCCACCGAGGCGCACAGGGCCGUUGAUCGAUUGGGAGGCAUUUUUGGAUGGGGAAUAUACACUUUAUACCGUUGGGAGCUUUUUGUUCUUCCUCGGCUUGUACUUCGCCUUCUACUACAUCGCUUCCUUCUCCCGCGACAUAAUUGGCCUCUCCUACACCGACUCGCUCAACCUCCUCAUGGUCAUGAACGCCGUCGGAUACCCAGGCCGUCUCCUUCCCAACCACAUCGCCGACCGCGUCGGUACGCUCAACAUGCUUGUCCCUGUGACGGGCAUUGCCGGCAUUUGCAUGCUCUGCUGGAUGGCCGUGAAAUCUACCACUGGUUUGUACGUCUGGUGCAUCUUUUAUGGCACUGUUGCGGGAGGCAUACAAUCCCUCUUCCCUGCGGGAGCGAGCAGGUUGACCACGGACUUACAGAAGGCGGGCGUGCGGAUGGGGAUGAUUUUUACGAUUGUGAGUUUUGCGACGCUGGCGGGGCCGCCGAUUGCCGGGGCGAUUGUGAAGAGCUGUGGAGGGAAGUAUUAUGGGGCACAGGCGUUUGCGGGGGCGGCGAUAUUGUUGGGCAUGGGGUUUUUGGCGGCUGCGAGGGAGAUUAAAGUUCGGAGGGAGAUGAGGGAGAAGGGAUUGGAGGGAAGGUGGGGGAUUAAGGUUUAG